AUCGCGGGGGGACGGUGGGCGGGUGGUUGUAGCUUGCCACGUUGCCGCCGGCAGCCUCGCACAGCUCGACCAGAAGGGGGAGAGGUUCGGCAAAGUCCGGAAACGCUCGGCAAUGGCCGGAGGCGGCUUUUAAGGAGAGGAGCGGCAGCCGGCUCGCCCUGCCCCGCCGCCGCUCGGCGCGGGGAAACUCGCUGGCGUGAGCGCUGCGGCCGCGAUGCUGACCGACAGCCUGGUGGAGGAAUUCGAGAUCCGAGAGGAUGAGCCCUGGUACGACCAGCAGGACUUGCAGCAAGAUCUUCACCUUGCUGCUGAGCUUGGUAAGACACUCCUGGACCGUAACACUGAACUAGAAGAAUCUUUACAGCAAAUGUAUGCCACAAAUCAAGAACAACUGCAGGAGAUUGAGUACCUCACAAAGCAAGUGGAGCUCUUGCGUCAGAUGAAUGAUCAGCAUGCCAAAGUCUAUGAGCAGCUGGAUGUGACAGCAAGAGAGCUGGAAGACACCAAUCAAAAACUAGUGGCAGACAGUCGAGCUUCCCAACAAAAGAUACUAAGUUUGACAGAGACAAUUGAAUACCUGCAGACACACAUAGAUGACCUGCAACGACAAGUAGAAGAACUAAAAAAGCCUGGGCGAGGCCGGAUGAACCAUGAGAGAUCUGACCAGCCAAGAUCAAUGCAUAGUUUCUCAUGUUUGAAGGAGCUGUAUGAUCUUCGCCAGUAUUUUGUUUAUGACCAUGUGUUCGCAGAAAAGAUUACUUCAAUGGAUAAUCAGCUAAGUCCUCUAGAAGAAGAAAAUGAGAACUUAAAAAAGGCAGUUACAGUUCUGCAAGCUCAACUGAACCUAGAAAAAGAGAAGAGGGUAACAAUGGAAGAGGAAUAUAGUCUUAUGGUAAAAGAAAAUUGUGAUCUUGAACAGAGGCUUGCUGAUAUAGACUUGUAUCGGGCUCGGGCAGAGGAGUUGGAAGUGGAAGUAGCUGAAAUGCGACAAAUACUUCAGUCUGAAAACACAUUACAUAAAACAGAGAAAUUGGUGCCAGAAUCCUUUUUCAUUUCAUUCAAGGAGCCUCUAGAAAGGGAGCUUGGUCAGAGCCCAGCAGAUGAUGGGCUUCUGAGUGUAUCAGAGUUUGAGAAGAAGGCGCUGAAACGGAGCAGCAGUGAAACCUUCCUGAGCAGUGCUGCAGGGGGAGACAUUCUAAGGGACCACGAAGAAACAUGUAUUAGAAGAGCUGAAGCUGUGAAGCAACGAGGAGUCUCUGUACUUAAUGAAGUUGAUGCUCAGUAUAAUGCUCUAAAGGUGAAGUAUGAGGAGCUUUUGAAGAGGUGUCAAAUGGCUGAAGAUUCUUUGAAAAACAAGGCUGUACAAACACCGAAGCAGUAUUCCAAAGACCUAACUGUGGGGAAUACCCAGUAUGAUCUUCUAACUAGCAACCAAGAAUUCACAAAUGUGGAGUUAAGUGACUCUCCCACAAAUGCUCUUCCUGAAUAUAAAGCACUCUUCAAGGAAAUUUUUAGCUGUAUCAAAAAAACAAAGGAAGAAAUAGAUGAACACAGAGCUAAGUACAAGUCCCUCUCCUCUCAGCCGUAACAUUGGACAUGCUGAUGAUCUGUUUUCUGUUGACAACUAAUCUGUUAGUCAAGAAGGGGAAAAACUUUACACUGAUGUCAGAAAGCCCCUUAUACAGUGUAUUUCUUGAGCACUCAAAAUGAAUGUUUUGAAUUGGCUUGUAGGCCUGUAGUUAACAAUCUAGUUAAUUAACAGCUAGUCUCCCUAUACCUACGUAGCAAUAGGUUAAAUGUUGUUUAGCACUGUCACACAAACUAGUGGUUGUAAAGCAAGCAAACAUCAUAGCUUAAUACUACACUACUACUUCACACUACACUUAAUCUCUGGCCAGAGCAGUUAACUGACUCUAGUUUCCUUAGUCCACUUAAAAAGUAACAGAGCUAAGAAAUCUGGGCUCUCACAAGGAGCCAAACUAAAGCUUUCCUUUGGUUUACACUGAUGAUCUAGCCCUGUAACUAUGUCUCUGUGGAAAAUAAGUAAAACCAAAGCCCAUGACCAAUGUCCUGGGCAGCCUCUCCUCAGUUCUUGAGAAUGAAGGUAGCAGUCUAGCUGAGCUUGCUUUGGCAGGGAGGUGGAGAGCUGGCACAGCAGCCUCAACUGUACUUGGUUUAAGCUAGUACCAUGUCUUCAUGUGCACUAAGCUCUCCCCCAGUUAGUAUAAAAGUCUUCCUUCCAAAAAGGAUUUGAUAUAAAGUUUGUGUGGCUUUUUAGGUAUGGUUUCUUAUGUAGGGCACUUUGUCUGAAGGCAAGAUACUGUGAAUUGAUGAUGUAUGCUAUUUGGGACCUACUGUUCUUUGGUGGAAUGUCUGCAAAGUACAUUUUUAUGUGUAUUUGGUAAGAUAGAAAGUUGCAAUUUAGCUAUUUAACUUUAGGAGUAGUAGUGAUGUAGUGGGAUAGCUUUUAAUCUUACAUACCACAAACUCUAAGUGCUUGAAGGAGACAGGCCAGGUGAAAACUUAUCACAUUGUUUUGUCUCUUGCUACCAGUGGCAGCUUCUGUGGAUGAUUCCAUGCUGCCUGGGGGGUGGGAGGAUGGACACAACUCUGCCAGAACCCAUCUUGCUGAAAACAGGGGACCAUGCUCUUGUUCUUCCUCCCCUUCUCCACUCCCUAAUAAUAAUCUAUAUAUACUGAAAUUCUGAAAAACAAAGACCAUGAAGGGUAUUCUUUAAAACUGGUUCAAAAUCCUACGAAAACGAAGGUUAAGAGAAUGAAAGGUGACAUCCUUUUCCUUAUUAAAGGUUGCUGUGAUACACCAAACUAUUGACAAAGAAUGUAGACAAUUUCUCAAUGUUGGUUCAACUGCUGCUGUUGCAGUUUGCCUUAUGUUGCACCCUGCUGAGCUUGUGGAUAGCUGUCCUUCAGCUGCAGUAUUAAGACUUUGUUUUGUGGGAGUUUCUCUAAAAUAUGUACUGCGUUUUGAGGAUUAUUUAAAAAUGGGAAUCUGAUUCUUGUAUUUUUCUAAGCAUAGAAAUAAUUCUGCCAAGCCAAGUGUGUAGCUAGUAAUUACACCCAUGUGUGCCAGUAGGGAACCAGUAAACUAGUUGAAGAUGGCACCUGUGUUAUCUACUCUUGCAUCUUUCCCAAGUGGCUCAAAUGGAGUUUGUAUAAAAUACAGCUGUAUUUUAUAAAGGUUAUGUCACAGAGAAAAGGACAGGCCUAUCUAGGAUGGAAAUCUGGCGGGAUUGAAGUAGAUUCUCCUCAGUGUUGUGGUGUUUGUCAGUGCUGUUCAAAAAGAAGGGGAAACCCCCAAAAAAGGCAGAAAAACUGCUGUUUCUGCCAUCAGGUUAACUGUAUUGUCACUGUUUCCUUAACACUUGUAUCUGUAUCACCUGGAGGUCUGCCCUGAUUCAGGUAUGGGGAAGCAGUAACCCUACAUGAGAAAAGUAUGGCAUGUUACUCAUGAACCUUUUACUGCUCCCUCCUCACUGCUUUAGGGGAAGGGGGAUCCACACCUGCUGGACUAGAGGACAAGUAGAAUUCACAUUUUGGUGAAAUGGGUGAUCUCCAGUGGGUUGUUACUGUUGGCUAAUUUUGAGUACUUUAUAUACACCAUUUUUAUGCUUUAAAAUUACCAAAAAUGUCCUCUGCUUUCCACAGAACUACUUGACUCUUGUGCAGUGUAACUUCCCCUUGGCUACCUGUGCUGGUGCUUGGCUCUGGCUGUACUGUACUUCAACCUUAACUGUACAUAUUAUACAAUAAAAAACUCCAAGGCCGGGCUCUGCUUUCAUAA